GACGAAAUCAGACACCAUAUGUCAAGAUAGUGAAAAAGAGUACUUCGUUCGCGUACUGCCGUAGUGCAGAGUCGUUUUUCCCCAUUUUCCGCGUCCAAAGUUAGUAGCAGCUAACUUUACUUCGCCACAAUGAGUGACCUAGAAUGUGUGAACGGUGCGCGUUUGAACGGGAAUUCCUCCGACACGGUGAAAACUCCCUUCCUGAUCGGUGUUGCUGGUGGAACGGCCAGCGGGAAGUCGACGGUAUGCAAACGCAUCAUGGAGCAACUAGGCCAAGCUGAUAUGGACCAUACGCAACGACAAGUCGUCACCAUAAGUCAGGACAGCUUCUAUCGCGAACUGUCCGAAUCGGAGAAGGCACGUGCCGAGCGGGGUCUGUUUAACUUCGACCAUCCGAGCGCCUUCAACGAGGAAGCGAUGCUGCGCACGCUGGAAGAAAUACUGCAGGGCAAGAAGGUAGAGAUCAGCGAGUAUGACUACCGCCGGAACUCGGUGUGUCCGGAGAAGAAAAUCACCAUCUACCCGGCGGACGUGGUGUUGUUCGAGGGCAUACUGGUGUUCUAUUUUCCCGCCAUUCGCGACCUGUUUCACAUGAAGUUGUUUGUCGAUACUGAUUCGGACACAAGAUUGGCCCGAAGAGUUCCACGUGACAUUAACGAACGAGGACGAGACUUGGAUCAGGUGCUGAACGCUUACAUGAAUUUCGUCAAACCCGCGUUUGAAGAGUUUUGCUCACCGACGAAGAAAUUUGCCGACGUCGUUAUACCACGUGGUGCUGAUAACACAGUCGCAAUCGAUCUGAUCGUCCAGCACAUCCGCGAGUUUCUGAACAAUCGCACGCGCAGUGAUCAUAGCCCGCAUCUGGCUACAUGCGGUACCAGCGCACUGAACCUAGCCAAUGGUAGAGUCCGUUACUUCGUGUUCCACUAGAACGCAUUACCAUAGAGUAGAUGCAACAAACAAAACGAACCUAAAUCCUAAAAUUUGCAAACGAAAACCAUUUCUGCGGGUCAGAGAACCUUGUCCGAAAACUAGAGAACCAUAACAAAUAUUUAGCGAAAGGGAAAACAAAAUCUGCUCCAUUAGUACGGCAAACAAACAUUUAAAAUAGUAAAGAUUUGAGAAGGGACAGAAACAAAACUACACUUUGAAGUACGGCAAUGGAUCAUUUACUCUUGUUGUAAAAAUCUCACUAAACUCUACAAAAUACAAACCCCACUCCCCCACGGGUACUAACGGUCGGUAGGGAUCAAAUGACUUGACUGUAAACUGUUAUUUUUUCGAGUUAUGAUAUAUUUAUGUUGAUAGUUCAAUGUUUUGCCCCUGUCCAAUGCUGUUACCACCUGUGCUGCCGUGUGUAGCACAGUUUAAUCGUCCAACUUGUUCGGGUAAACACGGGGUUACGGCCAUACCACUGUGAGAAGUGCCAUUUGUUCUUUUGUUUUUAGUUUAUAAUUUAUCCUAACAUAUGUUGCAUCACUAUUUUACUGUUAUAAUUUGUUAGUUACAAGCUCACACCAAAAAACCGGAUUGAAAUAAAACAAGAAACCCCAGCUACUGACUGUUCUGUCUGACUGUACGUGUCGUUAGAGAUCUGUUCUCGUUGGAUUUAAAAUUUCACAAUGUUUUCCAAAAAUCAAAUAUGGAUUGUUAAACUUUAAUACUAAAUUUCCGCAACCUAUGAUUACCACCUGGCAGCACCAAUUAGUUGUGAAACGUGUAAACUUUGACUUGCUCAACACUCAUUGUUUCGUCCCUACCUUUACUGAAGUUUCACGGAUAAUAAUAAUUUUCAAUUCUUACCUUUCUGUGUACCUGUCGCUUUGUAUUAUCCGCAGCCCAAGCUACUAGUAUGCACUCGAUAUCUCCUUCCAUGAUUAAUAGUCAGCUUUACGCGGUACUGUACGAGUACAGUUGAGCAGUUCGGGUGAGCGAGCGAAUACUUGUAUAGGACAUAUUUACGUUAACGUUUUGAUCAAUCGCACGCGGCAUAUGUCAACAAGUUUAAACCAUUUCAACAAAAAGAAAUCCACACCAAAUCUCUGGACAGUAGUAGCAAAUGAAAGCCACCGGUGAGAAUAGAAAAUUAAAUGUGCAAUGAAAUGAAGUCCAGUGGGAAGACGACCCUGUAAGGGACCGGUACAAUAAAUCUUCAAGAGCAAUAUGUAUAUCUUUUGUCAUUAGGAUAAUCGCUACUAGCGGAGUAGUGUAAGGUGGUAAAUGAUGAUCUGCAACCGAGUGAGUGAUGAGCGUCGUUUUGACGCAGGUGCGUCGCUAUUUACUGUUACUGACAUUUACUAGUAAGCUUUCACAUAGACUUUUAGUGGCAAAGUGAUGGCGACGAACUACAACACAGUAGCGAUAACACGGUAAUAAUAUCAUUGUAACAGAAACAGAAAACAAACAAACAAACCAAAAAUCUAAACAAACAAAAACAAUUUUGUAAUCCCCCCCCGUGUGUGUGUGUGAUAUCGUACAAACGGAUAAUGAUUUUAUCUGAGGUAAAAGAAAUAUUUAAUUUGUUAUUUAAAAGCAACUGCAAUUGCUGCAAACACAACACAACCCACGGAUCGUGCAUCGUCGAUCUUCAGAGUGCUUGCGUAUGUUGAGAAAAAUAAAACACGCAUAAUGGCAUAAUGAGCAAAUGUACAAACGUUAAAACAAAACAGUUUUGCGUCAAUGGGGGGAAGAAAAACAAAACGUUUUAGAAAAACAAACUGUAUGUACAACAAUAGGGUAAAACACCACCAAAAAAACGAUAUGUUUUAUUUUAUAUCUUCUAUUUGAAAAUAAAGCUGUUUGAAACAUUA